AUGGUCCACAUGCAGCCAGUCCUGCGGCGGUGGCACACAGGUCCGGCAGAGGCAGUGCAACAAUCCGGCCCCAUCAUCUGGGGGAAAUCCCUGUACUGUGGGGGAACGUGUGUAGUUGGGACGAGGGACCCGGUAACCUGUGAGUGUGGCUGUCAAACUCACGUCCUGACGGCUACAGUGCGGAACACGAAGAACGCUCCUCUACAGGGGGCCACCAUCCACUACGCAGAUAGACCCUACAUCACCCUUGGCACCACGGACGCUACAGGUACAGCAAGAGUUAGUGGAGUGUGCGCCAGCCAGGUGGACAUGCUCAUAAGAAAAGAUGGAUACUCGUCGACAGUGGCGACAACUGUUCCCAUAACGUCGACAACAUCCACGAUGACUGCAAACAUGGAGAUACUGAUCGCACCUAUCAUUACGCAACACCCUGAAAGUCGGUCUCGACUAGUGGGACAAGACGUGACCUUCUGCUGUGAAGCGCACGGUUCCCCAGAACCUGACGCAGAGGACUAUGAGUGGUUUCGCAAUGGCGAUAUUCUGGACAAAAGCGUGUACGGAUAUUCCAACCAACUCACCCUGACCAACCUAGCUCUGAGUGACGCAGGGGAGUACAGAUGCCGGGCUAACAGUGACGCCGGGGCCGGCUACUCAGAGUCAGCACUGCUACAAAUUUAUGCGAGUGCCACAGACUCCUACAAUGCAGAUCCAUCUCCUGAGUACAUCCAGCUUCCAGCAGACUGCGUCCAGCCAGACGGAACCAGACUUUACAAUGUAGGCAAGUGUGACUACAAGCCAUGUGUGGGUUCCAGCUACAACAGCGGCCAGUGUAAUGAUACAGUUAAGUACUGUAGUGCAGUUGGAACUCUCCAGGCUCAGGCUAUCGAUUGUGGUAGCUAUACUAUAAACAUAAUGGCCAUUUCAUCAUGUGAAUGUCUGGAAUGUGGGGACCCUGUAACUUACGUUAGAGGGAUACUGUUAGGGGGUCCAACAAAUACACCAGUGGUUAAUGCUGAUAUCCUGGUAAACGGUGUGCCCAGCGGCUUCACGACAUUCUCGGGCACGUUUACACUAGAGGUACCACCAAACACAAAGCGUCUGGCCGUGACAUUUAAAGAUAUUUACAAGGAUUUUGUUGAGACGACAAAAAUCCUUGACUUCGUCGAAGGUGAAUCCGUCUACCACAGGGUUCACAUUCGGGAAAGAGCAGAACCGAUGGUUAUGUCGUCAGAAAUGACUAGUACAGUUGAUCUUGGAACUGUUCCGGGUAAGGCCCCCAUCGGCCAGCUAGAAAUACCUGGCAACUCUUUCUACACAAAAGACGGUCAGCAAUACAGUGGUACUGUGCAGGCAUCUAUAAGUUUCAUAGACCCCAGAAACCUUUCUAACGUACAAGAUAUGCAGAGUGAUUUCACUUUUGUAGAUCAGGAAGGUCAGGAGCAGCAGCUCGAGACUUUCGGAAUGUUUAGCCUUGACUUUGCGGAUGGGUCAGGAAAUGAGCUGGAAGUUGCGGGUACAGUAACCGUGUUCUUAAAUGAAAACGAAGUGAACUUCGCUGCUGCAGAGCCGGGCCAUGAGGUGAAACUUUGGUCUCUGAAUCCCGAAACAGGUCGUUGGGAGGAAGAAAGUACGGUUACCCAAACCCCGAUAGGCAAACGUAGGAAGCGUCAGCAAAGCUUUACAUGGAACGGGAAUAUAAGGGUCACUCGACGUAAUUAUAACGUAGAUUGGUGGAUAAAAGCUGGUCAACGUUGUUACUCCAAGGUAAGGGUGUGUCAGGCUAGAAGUGCCCCAACAGCACAGGUCGAUAAUGUGAAUGUGGAGUUUGUAGUUGUAAACACAGACUUAGAUCAAGGUAACCAAAGAUUCGCUCGUUUUUAUAAUGCCCGGACCAGUGCCAGUGGCACGGGGGGAGCAUGUGUGGAAGGGUGGUGUCGGCCCGGUUCUGUGACCUAUGUUUCUGCAACCCAGGGUACGACUCAGUACGAUGCAGCGUCAGCACUCGACUUGGGAUUUAGCCCUCCUGGCGGUUACACUAGGGGAAAUAAUAAUAAGGCAUUUAGUACAACCCUUACUCACGGAAAUUCUGGGCCCUCCUACAGGAGCGAAUCAACUUGCCGUAACGCCCCAAUCUCAGACAAUCAUUAUAAGUUUUACGGAGACGAAGUGUCAGGUUUAGUCGAGAUCAACACCAUUCCUUAUAACCCCACCGACAACAGGCUGCGACCUAACUAUCUGUCGUGGUAUCCAACCGAAGACCCGGCUCAAAAGAAAAGUUGUUUCAUGAAAGUAAGGGUAACUGGUGCAAAUGAAAAUUUGAGGGCCCGCGUUGUUAGUAAGGUAGGUACUCAUGCCGCCAAUCGAGGCACUGAGUAUGGUCGACGAGAGGACGAUGUAGUGCCUGCUGGGGCGGCGGUGAAAGGGACGUGCAUUGAGUACAAGUGUACUGGUGACGUCUGGACAACAGGCCCGAAUGGCCGGCCCUUCCGUGAUCCCGCUGCCGACGUUGACUUUACCUCCGUAGAACUGGGUUUUCUGCGUGAUGACGGCUCUCCUGCAAACUGUAAUAGGGUGGCUGUUAAUAACAAUUUCGAAACGCUUGACACAAUCACCACGCUUACAGUUAAUACACUGUAUGGUGCCCCUCCUCCGGAUAACACUGACAUGAGUCGCUUCCGUUUUUAUGAUUCCCAAAAUGACCUUGGCCAAACGUUUGGAAUCUAUAAGGCCACCGGUCCAGGGGACACAAGUAAGCAAACUGCGUACCAACAGUGUCUGGCUGGGACAAGUUCUGGUCCUGGAUCAACCACUCUUGCCCCAGACAACAACUGGUUUGUUCACUUUGACUGUGCUUAGGGCAAAUGACAGAAAGUCAGACAAUAAUCCGAGCUGCAAAGCAUUGCUUCUAUAUAUCAUUAUCUUGUUUUCAAAUGCAAAGUUAUACUCACUAGAAGGCAUUAAAAGUCUGUAGCUUAGUUCUUCUUUUGGAUCCUGCUGCUCUACUAUUGCACAAUUUCAAUAACUGGAGUUAAUAGAAAUUAUACCUAUACUCAUUUAAAAGUUUAUUAUUUUGAAUAUCAAUAGUGCAUUUAUAGGCUAAAUCAAAUAGCUUUAUUGCCUUUCUAGGAUUCCUCCUUGCUUCAUUUAGCGAAAGGCAAAACUGCUUCUGCCUUUUCUGUAGAUCUAUAGAUUCAUGGAAAAAAUGUCCAAUUUGCUCUUAUUUCACAUGCCUAUGGUCUGC